AUGCGGCCCCUGUGGCUCUGCUGGGCACUCUGGGUGCUGGCCCUGGCCGGCCCCGGGGCGGCCCUGGGUGGGGAGCAGAUCCUGGGCAGCCUGCUGCAGCAGCUGCAGCUGCACCAGCCACCCGUCCUGGACCAGGCUGACCUGGAGCAGCUGGUGGUCCCUGCCCACGUGCGGGCCCAGUACGUGGCCCUGCUGCAGCACAGCCAUGGGGCCCGCUCCAGAGGCAGGAGGUUCAGCCAGCACUUCCGAGAGGUGGCCGGCAGGUUCCUGGUGUCCGAGGCCAACACGCACCUGCUGGCGUUCGGCAUGGAGCAGCGGCUGCCGCCCAACAGCGAGCUGGUGCAGGCGGUGCUGCGGCUCUUCCAGGAGCCGGUCCCCGAGGCCGCGCUCCGCAGGCUCCGGCGGCCCGGCGCGCCCCGGGUCCGGGUCACCGUCGAGUGGCUGCGCGAACGUGAAGGCUCCAACCGCACCUCCCUCAUUGACUCCAGGUGUGUGUCGGUGGGAGGUCGCAGCCGGUGUACGCGGGAGGGGUCAGAGGAGUUAGGGGAAGGGAGGAGGGCGGGGCAAGGGAGGGGCAGGUCCCCAGGACGGUCCCGACCUCUCACGCCGGGCUCCGUCUCCAGGGACCCCUUGGCCCCGCCGCCCUCCAGCGCGCACAGGCUGGUGCGCUUCGCCUCGCAGGGGGCGCGGUCGGGGCAGGGCGAGCCCCAGCUGGAGCUGCGCACGCUGGACCUCAAGGACUACGGAGCUCAGGGCGAUUGUGACCCUGAGGUGCCAGUGACCGAGGCCACCCGCUGCUGCCGCCAGGAGAUGUACAUUGACCUGCAGGGGAUGAAGUGGGCCGAGAACUGGGUCCUGGAGCCCCCGGGCUUCCUGGCAUACGAGUGUGUGGGUAGCUGUCAGCAGCCCCCAGAGCCCCUGAGCAUCAAGUGGCCUUACGUGGGGCCCCGGCAGUGCGUCGCCUCGGAGACGGCCUCGCUGCCCGUGAUCGUCGGCAUCAAGGAGGGAGGCAGGACCAGGCCGCAGGUGGUCAGCCUGCCCAACAUGAGGGUGCAGAAGUGCAGCUGUGCCUCGGACGGGGCGCCCGUGCCCAGGAGGCUUGAGCCGUAGG